GAAUCACAAGAGGCUUCCCAGAGGCACCAUUCCCAGCUUCCAAAGGGCCAGGAACCGGUCUUGGGCUGAUGUUGGUGCCUUGGUACUGCAGGACCAGUGGAUCAAAAACCUCAAGUCGAAACUCAAAAGCCUGCAGACAGACAAAGGAGAACAAAGACUUUCAAUUCAUACAGAAGAACUGGAAGCCAAGUGUCAGCGCCUUCAGAAUCAGGUCCAGGAGAUGGAGCGAUUUCUGAACGACUAUGGACUGGAGUGGGUGGGAGAACCAUCAGAGAUUGAAAUGGAGAUGGAGACGGACCUAGAGCCAGAAAAGUGGACCCUCAAGAAACUCUGGAAGCCAGGAGACUCCACGGUGCCUCCCAAGGUGGACUUUGAUGAGCUGCUCGAGAACCUACGAGAUCUUAGUCUGUUGGCUGGAGAGGGGCAGUCUCUGGUACAUACCUCAUCCAGCAUGGCGGUGCUCAAGACCCCUGAGCCAGUGCCCCUGACACUGUAUCAGAAUGGGAUCAUCAUGUUCAAUGGCCCCUUCCGCCCCUUCUCAGAUGUCUCCACACAGCAAUGUAUCCAGGACAUCUUAGAUGGCUUCUUUCCUUCUGAGCUGAAGAAAAUCUACCCCAAUGGAGUCCCUUUCCAGGUGACAGACCUUCGCAAUGUGGUCUACCAGGAGAAGCAACUCCCUAAACCCUUCUCGGGCCCCGGGUAUGUGAUAGGAAGGAUGAAUUCUAAGGAGUCUGAGAAGCUGCAUGAGACAGUGACAGACAGCACCCCUUUUGUGAGGAACACCACCUUCUCCCAACCUCCUACACUCACCAAAGAGCAGUUUCUGAGAAAGCUUCCCAAAUUUGUGAUUCGACAUGGGGAAGUGAUUGAAGUCCGGGAACCUAUCCGGGAAACACUGGAAGGCUGCACAGGGCCCCAGGAGAUCUUGGUGGAGACUGAGAGGCUGAGGCAGACAUCUUCAUCACCGGCCUCCCCGGAGUUUCCCACCGUCACUCUACGGAUCAAGUCUGAGAAUGGGGAGCAAUCGUUUGUGCUGCCCAUGUCGCCUCUGGACACCAUUGGGGAUGUCAGACGGUACCUUGCACAGGCCAGGGACAUGGACCCAGCCAUGUUUGAAAUCUUCAGUGUCUUCCCCAACACCGUGUACGCAGAUGAUUCAAAGACACUGCAGGCCUGUGGGCUGGUGCCCAAUGCCAUCCUGCUGCUUCGGCCCCCCAAGAAUCCACACUCGGCUCCCAGUCUCUAAUAAAAUCACAUCCCCCAGCCACUUUGGGGACUCAGUAA